CGGGAACCGACAACAGUCGCCCUGUGACAUCGGUAGGUUACGCAUCCUCUGCUUUCCCGACACUCGGAUUUCCCCUGUUGGUUUGACAUGAGAAAAUAAACGCAAAUGGGCUGGCUCUGCUAAUGGGAGUCCCCCCGCAAUGAGUGAGACACAUGAGUGUGUGUGCGUGUGUGCAGACAGCCAGCUCUUUCAUUGAAUCUCGGCUCUCCAACAUGUUCAUCCAGUGAUGAAGAGGCUUUAUGUUCGCCUGUGAUGUAACUCUGUCUCUGCUCUCUUAAUCGUUCUGAAAAACUUCAGGGAUGAGCUCGCCAACGAGACGCAUGCCUACGAGUGGGACCCGCAUGAGGGGUCAGAGGUCAAAGGUCAACGGAGAGGGAGAGGGCAGUUCCUCGGAUACGGACAGCGAAAAGAAAGGACUGGACAAUGCCCUGGGCCGGAAGAAGUACGACUAUGGAAAAGGGCGGUUGGUCAUAGCUUCACAAACAACAAACCGGCGGGCCAGGAUGAAGUUGGGAUUGGAAGAGAGACGGGAAAAAAGGAAGACAGGAGACUCAGACUUGGCCAGGACGUAUCACAUGAUCAUCAGCCAGAUCGAU